AUGAAUACAUUUAGUGCUUUUGCCCCUAACAGUGUAAGCAAUUCAAAUGUGAGCAGUCCGUUAAAUAAUCUAGUGGGAUCACAGCCUCCAACCGUUUCUUCAAAUAAUAUACAAAAUGACAGGGCUGCUGGGUUGAGCAGCACUUUUAAUAACGCACCCAGUGCGGCUAACAAUUUUGGUAACAAAACAAACGUAUUGACAAGUGACGGCACAUCGACUCAAAGUGGGUUCAUAGGUGUGUUAAACAAGGGUGUGAUUCCAGGCGAAAACAAGGCAGACAAUUUUGCAAGAGUGGAUCCCCCCAGCAAUGGAAACCCUAAUCAGAAUACCAACAGUGCUAGUAGCAAUAACGUCAGCAACAGUAACAGUGGGAAGACCGAUGAAUUAAAGAAAAACACCGAAAAGAGCAAUUCGCAAAUUGAGCCCCAAAAUGGAAACUUUAGCUUUGAAAAUAAAUUCAAUUUUAACAGCUCCCUAAAGAUUAGGAAGUCCCUGACGGAGCAGCUUUGUGAGGAAAUCUCGAUGAAGCUUGGCACAAUAUUCAUGUGUAAAUCGUACCUCGAAACGUACGUGUUUGAGAGAAACCCGUAUAUGAUGAACUUCAUUUACCUGAAGGAUGAGAUGAGCGAAUCGAAGAACAGAGUGAUUAACUCGCUGCUGCUAAGCUCCUUCUGUAAUUUGAUAUGGAACACUCAUAUAUACAAACAUGAGUAUUUAAUUUCGAAGGAAAUAUUAAGUAAGUACGCCAAGGCAAUGGAAAAAAAUCCCGAUAAAAAUAAUUUCUGCAUUGUACCAAUUUAUAACUUGGAGAAAGUGAAAAUGGCCUUAAGUGAUCAGGAAAAAAAUAUAAAGAUUCUUAAAAAAAGAAAAUUACAUAUUAAGAAGAAUAAUGAAAAUCUUUUGUUCAUUUUGUACAUCAUAAAAAAUAAUUUUCUUGAAAUAAAAACCAAAGCACAACGUAUUAUUCAGAGACUGUUAUUCCGAUUGGACAUCCUGGACAAACUUUUUUUGUUAAAAAAUAACUCCGUUUUUUUUUCCAAUAAGUAUGAAUUUAAUAAAUUCAAGUUGAUGGAAAUUUUGGAUUUCUUUAACUCCUUCAAUAUAGACAGUCAGCUGCAAAAAAUUAACAAAAAUAUAAAAAAUCUUGUGCAGGAGAAAAAGAACCUUCAGAAGUUCCUGCAUGCGGAUAACGAAUUUACCAACUCGUUGAGGAACACCGUUUUGAAGAAUGAGCAGGUGAGGUUCUUCACUCGGCAGGAGAAGUGGAGCGGCACCGCGUGCGGCACAGUUGAAAAGAAGGACAACGCUAAUAAAGACUGCUUCGCAAUUCGUCCCAAUUAUGCCGUGUGGGAAUAUUCCAAAGACAUAACCGAUCUGAAAGGAACCACCUCGGAGAUUUGCAUCAACCUGGAGGAGAACAAAGAGUACAUGUACCAUCUAAACGCAUUUGAGAGGGAAGAAAAUUACGAAAUGUUAUAA